UGCUGUGUAUCUCUGGGAAGGAUUUAUACAAUACCAAGUGCCCUUGCUAAAGUAAUUGGCCUUGUGUGGUUCGGUGUAGAGCACAAAAUGAAGCACAUCCCCUGUGUUCACUACAGUAGUGAGCAGUUUAGGAUGCAGCCUUUUUGACGUCGAAUACGGAAGUGCAGUGUUUCAGUGUUGCAGUGUUUUCUUUCUUCUUUCCUGUCAGCUGAAAGCGUCUUCGUCAACAGGUGACAAACAUGACUGAACCCACGAAACACGAUAUUUCUGCCAUUUUUAAGCGUCUACGCGCAAUUGCUACGAAUAAGGCAUGUUUUGACUGCUUUGCGAAGAACCCCAGCUGGGCUAGCAUCACCUAUGGUGUGUUCCUGUGUAUUGACUGCUCAGGGACACACCGUUCUCUAGGGGUGCAUCUGUCCUUUAUCAGGUCUACUGAACUGGAUUCCAACUGGUCCUGGUUUCAGCUGCGAUGCAUGCAAGUUGGAGGGAAUGCCAGCGCUUCUGCCUUUUUUAACCAGCAUGGUUGCACUGCCACUGAAACCAAUGCCAAAUAUAACAGCCGUGCAGCCCAGCGUUAUAGAGAGAAGAUUAAGACAUUGGCUACUCAGGCCACGAGACAGCACGGCACUGAGCUCUGGCUGGACAGUCAGGCUCCUCUCUCCCCUACAUCUCCUGUGGACAAGCAGGAAGACUUCUUCAGCCAGCAUACACAGAAUGAUGGAAGCUCCUUUCAGCAAAAUCUUUGUCAACCACAGGAAACAACCUUGGAAGACAAAAAUAAUAAUGACAAUGAAGAAGGCCCUUCUGUUGAGCUUCUCAGUGUUUCUCCAAAAGCUAUUCCAGAGACUUCUCUCCUAAAAAAGAAGCCCACAGCAGCCAAAAAAACUCUGGGUGCUAAAAAAGGAGGUCUUGGGGCUCAAAAAGUGAGCAGCCAGAGUUUCUCAGCACAGGAGAAGAGAGCUCAGGCUGUGGACAAACUGCGUGAAGAGUCAACCACUGAGAAGAUUGCCAAGCCUGAAGAGCCAGGUGUGACGUCUCUGAGUCUGGCCUAUCAGGAUCUGGAGCUCCAGAGAAAGAAGGAUGAGAAGAAGCUGUGUGGGCUUGACAGCAAGAAGAAGGAGCAGGCAGAGAGGCUUGGAAUGGGGUUCUCCAACAGGAGUGGAGUAUCUCACUCUGUUCUUGCGGACAUGCAGACAAUUCAGCAGGAGAAUCCCACUAUUUCCCAGUCCUCCUCCCGUUCCAGGAAGUACAGUGAGGAUGAUGAUGAUGAAGAGGGCUACUUCUUCAUUAGGACUUCUUCCAAGUAUAAUAAUGUUGAGCCCCAGUCAACUGAUCAGUUCUUCUCCCAGUGGGAGGACAUCAAAAAGAAAGAAAGGAAGAAACCAGAGCCUGAUAUUUAUUUGAGCUCCAAGACUUCAUCAUUUGAAGACAGGACUACAGCGAGGAGAAAAGCAGAGCCAGGGCAAUUACCUGUCUCCGAUGAUGCCCAGAAGAAAUUUGGUGGUGCAAAAGCCAUCUCCUCUGACAUGUAUUUUGGUAAACAAGACGACGCUGAGUAUGAAGCAAGAACUCGACUGGAGCGUUUCUCCAACAACUCAGCCAUUAGUUCAGCAGAUCUGUUUGAUGAGCAGAAGAAACAAACUAGUUCUUCAUACAGCCUGAGCAACGUGCUGCCCAGUGCUCCGGAUAUGGCCCAGCUGAAGAUGGGUGUCCGCUCUGUGGCUGGCAAGCUGUCCGUCAUGGCCAGUGGAGUGGUUUCAACUAUACAGGAUCGCUACACAUGAGCAUAUAGAGUAUAGGGAAAGAAUCAGACAGCCUCUCAGUAUAAAGGAGAGCAACAGUAUGCCAAUGAGUAGGUCCCACAUGCAUUACAAUCAGAUAUAAUGCAUAUAUUGUAUGUAGCUUUAUUGAGUAGAUAUGUAGGAGGUCAAUUAUCCGUAGAGUUAAACCCCUAGCUCUAUUGGGAACCGAAGCAAGGGGCAACACGAAGAGCUGCAGGGUUUUUUGUUUUUUUUUAAAUUGGCAUCGCUUUUUGGGCACUUUUUGUUAAAUGAUAAAAAGACAAAAUAUUUUUUUUGCUUUUGUAAAUAUUUUUGUAUUGUUUACAUAUUGCUUUUGACAAUGUUACACAAGGAUUAUACCAGAUUUGUCAUUUUUAAAAAGAAAGCUGAUCAGAAUGGAGCUUUGUGGGAUUAAACAGCUUUAUUUUUGUAGGUGUUCCUAUAUCUGUGGAUAAAAGGGAAAACUCAGUGCUAAAUAUGAUUGGAUAUACAUGUUCCAAUAUUUAAUGUCUAUUUAUGGCUGAUAGACAGAAGAAUCCAACUGUGGUCCUGUCAAGUCACAAGUUCAAUUCACUGAGAGCAGAUAUACAGGACUAGAGAUGGGUACUCUGUUUAUGGAUUUAUUUUGAUUUAAGAUAACACAAAUUGACAUAACAGAGCCUAUUUACACCUGCUUUUUUCCUUGCAUUUUGUAAAUGAGUUGUAACAUAUUCACGUGAUUCACACAUUGCCAGAUUUUCAAUUAUCCCGUUUACGUUGUCAUGCAAUGUUAUAUCAGUUCACAUACACUUGUCCACCAGCUUCAUGUGUCAUUUCUUAUUUUUAGUUCUUUCAUCCAAAAGAUAUCUGCUGUUUGCAAAUCAUAAUUUUGUGAGCUUUUUUCAGCCCCACAAUUGGCAGCUAUUGAUCACUUCUGUUUUGUAUUAGAAAUGUAUUGUAACGGAUUAGAAAGGGUUUUGUUUGUCAAAUUUAAUUUGGGGAGGCAGAUAUAUUUACAAUUGCACAAUAUCUAACUUAAAUACAUCUCAGACUUUUUUUAACAGAUCUCAUUUAGACACAUUUAUGGUUUAGACACAUUUAAGGCUUUCAUUUGCAUGUAAAAAAUACCAAUCAGGAAUAUAAGAUUGAUACUUCAGCUGUGUGAAAUAACCAAGUGUAAAUGUGCUCUUUGUCAACUGCCCUUGUUUUAAAAGUGGUGAAUGUUUCCGCUUUUGCUUGCCUUACUAUCUUUUUUGUUUAUACUGAUAGAUUCAGUUAUUAGUUGCAUGGGCAUUUUUAUUUGCUUGAUUUAUAAGCUACUUUAUGCACUACAAAUUAUAAAAAAAAAAUGUAAAAGGCUAAAUUGUGAACACUUUAUGCUGGGGGAAAAUCCUAAAUACAGUGAAUGCUGCAUACACACAAUUUCUUCUAAGAAGAAAGACUAACAGAUGUGUGGAAGUUUUCAUUUAGAAGCCGUGUGUAGCUUUAUGCUUUAGCCAAAGUAAGCUGGUAAACAGCAUUUGCACUACAUGGGGUGAACAUUUGCUUAUAGAGUGCAAAAACUAUUCAUGCCAUUGCAAUUAUAAUAAUAGAUUAUUUGAACUGUCCUUUUGAUCAAUAAAAGUUAAACUUUUGUGCAAA